AUGAUUGGGCCUAAUAAAAAAAAGGCUCAGGAGCUUCGUUUCACACUUGAAAAUGAGCACCCUGUGGAUCUCACAUUCACUGCGGCGGAGUGGGGCAUUGCUGCUGCUAUACGGCUCGGGCUCCCAAUUCAGCAGCUGCAGGUGGCGGGGAGGUGUGUUUAUGGCACAGCAUAUGUUGACUCAGCAGACCCGCAUCAUGCCCUGAGAUGCAAGCACCAGCAUGGUCCAUCUCGGGUACAUGAUGAGGUGAAGUUUGCGGUGGCGAAGAUCUCUAAGGCGUCUGGGGGGGUGGUGACAAUGGAGGAUAGUGUGGUGCUGCAGGGGAAGCGGGUUGAUGUGGCGGUGCGACGACCAAUGGCUGGAGAGGCUCACGCCCUGGAGAUCAGCGUCGCGGACCCGCUAUCGCUGUCUCCAUCUUUGCUAGGACAGUGCGGGCGUCAAAUAGGCGUGGCGGCAAGAGAAUGGGAGCGUCGUAAAACGAGCGAUUACGCGCCUCUGCUUGCACGCAACCGGGGCGUGCAGUUCACUCCUCUGAUAGUGGAGACGUGGGGGUGUCUCGGCGGUCGCUUUCGGAGGUGGCUUCGUCAGCAGGGAGAUGCGCACGUGGGGCUAGCUGUGUCGCGGGGGGCUUGUCGGGAGGACGACACUGUGUUUUCGGCUUAUCUUCUAGGGUCACUGAAGGCGCUCAUCGGGGUGGCGUUGCAACGUGCGCAAGCCCGUGUCAUCCUGCUUCGAGCGGCGUCUUCUAUGGGGGGGAUUAACGUUGACUUGGUGGACCGGGAGUGGGACGAUGGCGAUGCGGAAGGCGGGGCUCUCUGGGUGGAGGCCCCAUACAUGGUGGAUUCGCUGUUGUGA